CAAAAGAAGGUUUCUGGAUAUUUCAGUGCGGCGUGAGUAUUGUAGGCGUUUUGAUUGUGGUUAAUUUCUGAAAUGGCUGCUAUAAGUUUAUUAAACCCAAAAGCUGAAUUUGCCAGGGCAGCCCAAGCGUUGGCUGUAAAUAUUUCCGCGGCAAAGGGGAUUCAGGAUGUCAUGAAAACUAAUUUAGGACCGAAAGGCACAAUGAAAAUGUUGGUCUCAGGUGCUGGAGAUAUUAAGAUUACGAAAGAUGGAAAUGUUCUUUUGCAUGACAUGCAAAUACAGCAUCCUACAGCGACACUUAUUGCACGUGCAUCAACAGCACAAGAUGAUAUGACUGGCGAUGGCACUACAUCAACAGUACUCAUGAUUGGAGAACUUCUGAAACAGGCAGAUUUAUACAUAGCUGAGGGUUUGCAUCCAAGAGUCAUCACAGAAGGAUUCGAGCUGGCCCGUGCUCGAACACUGGAAACACUGGAGAAAAUAAAAGUGAAGAUAGAACCCACCCGAGAAAACCUUCUUAAUGUAGCACGUACUGCUCUAUUGACGAAAGUCCAUAAACAACUGGCUGAACUUCUUACAGAGGUGUGUGUGGAUGCAGUUCUAGCAAUACAGCAGGAAGGAAAGGAGAUUGAUUUGCAUAUGAUAGAGUUGAUGGAGAUGCAGCACAAAACAGAUACAGAGACAACUCUUGUUCAUGGACUUGUCCUAGACCAUGGAUCAAGGCACCCAGACAUGCCAAAACGUGUGGAAAAUGCUUAUAUUCUUACUUGUAAUGUAAGCAUGGAAUAUGAGAAAAGUGAAGUGAACUCUGGAUUUUUCUACAAGUCUGCUGAAGAACGUGAGAAAUUAGUGGCAGCAGAAAGAGAAUUCAUAGAGCAGAGAGUUAAAAAGGUUGUAGAACUUAAGAAAAAGCUCUGUGAUAAUACUGACAAAAAUUUUGUAGUUAUUAAUCAGAAGGGAAUUGACCCUAUGUCAUUAGAUAUGCUCGCAAAGGAACACAUCAUUGGGCUGAGACGAGCUAAAAGGCGAAAUAUGGAACGAUUGGCAUUGGCCUGUGGAGGAGUUGCUGUGAACAGUGUUGAUGAUUUAACUGAAGAAAGCCUUGGAUUUGCUGGACUUGUAUAUGAGCAUGUAUUGGGCGAAAACAAAUUCACAUUCGUCGAGGAAUGCAAAGGACCAAGAAGUGUCACCAUACUGAUUAAAGGUCCCAAUAAACACACACUUACACAGAUAAAAGAUGCAGUUAGGGAUGUACGUGCCAUCAAAAAUGCUAUAGAUGAUGGUUGUGUGGUUCCUGGUGCAGGAGCAUUUGAAAUAUCUGCGUACCAGGAACUUUCUCGUUAUAAGGAUGAAGUAAAAGGAAAAAUGCGAUUAGGUGUCCAAGCGUAUGCUGAAGCUCUACUUGUUAUUCCAAAGACUUUAGCUGUGAACAGUGGUUUUGAUACCCAAGAAGUCAUUGUGAAAUUACAAGAAGAAGCAAGAAUAGCAGGGGAGCCUGUUGGACUUGACAUAAACUCUGGUGAAGCCUUGAAACCAAUGGACCAUGGCAUUGUUGAUAAUUAUAUUGUGAAAAAGCAGAUACUGAACUCUUGCACAGUGAUUGCAAGCAACUUACUUCUUGUUGAUGAAAUCAUGAGAGCAGGAAUGUCUUCACUGAAAGGAUGAAAUCCGAAUUUUUGAAGCUCCCAACUGUCACAUUAUACUUAUUUUGCUAUUUAUAACAUCUUUUAACUUAUGCAUUUUGUCAGUGAAAGUUAUGGUGCAUUCCACAAUAUUUCACACACUGCAGACUUGUUACAUUAUUGAAUAAAAACUUUAACAGCUUACUGUUACUUAUCAGACAGAUGUAUUUAACUUUUUUACGAAUACAUGGCAGUUUAUAAUUUCACCAAAAGAUUAAUUGUGUUGUUUCUGUAACCCGCAAUAAACUAGUUGAAAGUAA